GCCGGGCCAGUAGAUGCUCGGCGGUCGCCGCGAACGCGCACAGGGCGAGCUGUCUUGCUCUUUUCUUCCUUUCGUUCCGUCCUCGAAUACGCCACCACCAUGACACGGCGAAUUGUCCGCACGAUGGUGCAGACCGCCACGGCGGCCGUCUUCACCUUCAUCGUCAUCUUCUUCCUCGACCGCAACUUCCGCGUGCUGCCGAACGCCCUGCACGAGUACCUGCCCACGCACCACGCCGGCACCGUCGUCACCGACAUCACGCUGACCACCUGCUCGUCGCUCAACCUGUUCUCCUCGUGCAAGCUCGACCCGGCCGUCUGGCACCGCAUCGACAAGGAGCUGUACCUGAACAAGGGCAUGUUCUCGUCCGCCUACCUGCACGUGCAGCGCAAGCGCGAGGAGGAGCUGACCGCCGAGGAUAAGGUCGUGGUGGAUGUCAGCGUCGGGAGGCUGGACCCCAGCGUUGCGGAGGAGGAGAAGAAGGGGAAGUGGACGGGGAAGGGGCAGCAGGAGCAUGGGGGGAAAGGAGAGGAUGAUGGUAAGGAGAUUCGGGAGGGGAAGUGGGAGUCGAGACCGGGCGGGCUGUGGGUCAAGAGGAGUAAUAAGCGCGGCGUGAGCGACUCCAAGGAUGCCGUGACGGGGGUGGACGUGCUGUUUGGUGACGAUGCCGUCGAGGCCCGGCCCGGGUGGUCGUUCACGGGGACGGCGUUGCUGCUGGAUGCCGGCUCGGGCGUGCCUCCUGCGCAUGUCACCAUCCGGAGGGGCCCCGAGGAGAAGCCGUACCAGCCCGCGCCCAAGAUUGGGGAGAACGGGCGGUUCAAGAUCGUGCAGUUGGCGGAUCUGCAUCUGAGUACGGGGGUUGGGCGCUGCCGGGAUGCGCUGCCAGAGGACUGGAACGGCGGGAAGUGCGAGGCGGACCCGAGGACGCUGGAUUUUGUGGCCAAGGUCCUGGAGGAGGAGCGGCCGAACUUGGUCGUGCUUAGCGGGGACCAGGUGAAUGGAGGCACCGCACCGGAUGCGCAAACGGCCAUCUUCAAGUACGCGCAGCUGCUCAUCAAACACAAGAUCCCGUACGUCUCCAUCUUCGGUAACCACGACGACGAGGGCUCCAUGUCUCGGUCCGCGCAGAUGGAUCUGAUCGAAAAGCUGCCGUACUCGCUGUCCAAGGCCGGGCCCCUGGACGUCGACGGAGUGGGCAACUACUACAUCGAGGUGCUGGCGCGCGGCAGCUCGGGCCACUCGGCCAUCACGGUCUACCUGCUCGACACGCACUCGUACUCGCCCAACGAGCGCAAGUACCCGGGCUAUGACUGGAUCAAGAAGAGCCAGAUCGACUGGUUCCGCAGCACGGCCCAGGGGCUCAAGAAGAAGCACAAGGAGUACACGCACCACCACAUGGACGUGGCCUUCAUCCACAUCCCCCUCCCGGAGUAUGUGUCGCCGAACCUGACGCUCGUCGGCGACUGGAAGGAACCCAGCACCGCGCCGGCGUAUAACUCGGGCUUCUACGACGCCCUGGUCGAGGAGGGCGUCGUGAUGGUCAGCUGUGGGCACGACCACGUGAACGAGUACUGCGCGCUGUCGCGCGCCGAGGACGGCACGCCGGCGCUCUGGAUGUGCCACGCCGGCGCGGCGGGCUUCGGCGGCUACGCCGGCUACGGCGGCUUCCACCGCAAGAUCCGCGUCUUCGACUUCGACAUGAACGAGGCGCGCAUCACCACCUGGAAGCGCGUCGAGUACGGCCCGGACGCGGACAGCCGCAUCGAGGAGCUCAUGCUGGUCGACGCCGGCAAGGUGGUCGCGCCGCCGGCGGUGGAGGAGCAAGGGGAGGAGGGAGAGGGGCAGCAGUGGCAGCCCGGACCGCCGCCGCCGCCGCAGCAGCCGCAGCAGAAGCAGCAGAAGUAGCAGUAACGGAUGGACGAAGGGGGGUUUUGUGCGAGUGUGUGUAUGUGUGUGUGUGUGUGUGCAUGGACGUGUGUGUGUGUGGACGUGUGUGUACCGUUGCGUUGGACUGUGUUCCUGUAGGCGAAGGCGGAGGCAACAAAACUGGACGGGUUUUGGUAG